AUGCCGGUGCUGACGACGAACGCUAGCGGAGCCGCGCCGCCCGUGGUGGGCGUGCUGGGCGGCGGCCAGCUGGGCCGCAUGAUGGCCGACGCGGCGCAUCGCCUCGGCCUGCAGGUGCUGGUGCUGGACCCGCUGGGUGCCGAGUCGCCCGCUGGCCAGAUGGGCCUCAAGGCCGUGGCCGGCAGCUUCACCAAGGAGGAGGACAUCGCCAAGCUGGCCGAGCAGUGCGACGUGCUGACGGUGGAGAUCGAGCACGUGAACGCGGCCUUCCUGCAGCAGUUGCAGGACAACAAGGAGGCCGGCCUGCAGGGCGUGCACCCGGCCCCGGCCACCAUCGCGCUCAUCCAGGACAAGUACCAGCAGAAGCAGUUCUUCACGCAGGUGGCCGGCGUGGACGUGGCCCCGUUCGAGAUCGUCACGUCGCUGCAGGCCGCCCGCCAGGUGGGCGAGAGCUUCGGCUACCCGUACAUGCUCAAGUCGCGCCGCUUCGCGUACGACGGCCGGGGCAACGCCGUGGUCAAGAGCGAGAAGGACCUGGUGGAGGCCUUCGAGAAGCUUGGGGCCAAGCUGCUGGUCCAGGAGGGCGCGGCCGUGGACGAGAAGCAGCUGGCCGAGGAGGAGGCCAAGCUAUACGCCGAGAAGUGGGUGCCCUUCGUCAAGGAGCUGGCCGUGAUGGUGGUCAAGGGCGCCGACGGUGACGUCCGGGCCUACCCCGUGGUGGAGACCACCCAGCGCGACAGCAUUUGUGACACCGUGCUGGCCCCCGCCCAGAUCCCGGAGGAUGUGGCCAAGCGCGCCGGUGAGAUGGCUCAGGCUGCGGUGGCGCAGCUCGAGGGCCGCGGCAUCUACGGCGUGGAGCUGUUCCUGACUGCGACCGGUGAAGUGCUGCUCAACGAGAUCGCCCCGCGCCCGCACAACUCGGGCCACUACACGAUCGAGGCCUGCGAGACCAGCCAGUUCGAGCAGCACCUCCGUGCUAUUGCCGGCCUGCCGCUCGGCAGCUGUGCGCUGCGUGUGCCCGCAGCGCUGAUGGUGAAUGUGCUCGGCGACGCCUCGUCGUCUGAGGACGUCAGCUUCUCGCUGCUGCGCAACAGUUUGAGCAUCCCCGGCGCCGCUGCUCACUUCUACGGCAAGGCUGGUGUGCGUCCGGGUCGUAAGCUUGGCCACGUGACCAUCACGGCGCCCAACCUUGAGGAGCUGACCAAGCGCGCCACCGCUCUGUCGCCGGAGGCUGCCAAGAACUCGGGCCUGCUGAAGCUGGAGCGACAGCCGCUUGUCGGCAUUGUUAUGGGCUCGGACUCGGACCUCCCGACGAUGGCCGCUGCCGCCGACAUGCUUGAGAAGUUCGGUGUGCCCUACGAGUUGACUAUUGUGUCGGCCCACCGCACGCCGGCGCGUAUGUACGAGUACGCUCAGAGUGCUGCCAAGCGUGGACUCAAGGUGAUCAUCGCUGGCGCCGGUGGCGCUGCCCACCUUCCUGGCAUGAUCGCUGCUCUGACGCCCCUCCCUGUUGUGGGCGUCCCCGUCAAGACCUCGACGCUCAAUGGUGAGGACUCGCUGCUCAGCAUCGUGCAGAUGCCGCGGGGUGUGCCUGUCGCCACUGUUGCUAUUGGCAACUCCACCAACGCCGGUCUGUUGGCCGUUCGCAUCCUCGGCGCCGGAGACUCGUCGCUCAUCGAGGCUAUGGCGACUUUCCUGGACACCCAGAAGCGCGAGGUGGACGACAAGAUCGAGAAGAUGGCCACCAGCGGCUGGAAGGAGUACCUCCAGAACAUGAAGAAGCACUAG